AUGUCCUACGACGUUCCGCUUAUCCUCGUAAAUAAUGGCACCAGAAAGCAAAGCCAACGCUGCCGAGCAAGCGGUGCUCGUGUCGUCCAUUCUGUGAGAAGAGCUGCGUGAGCUAGUACGUGCUUCCUCACUUUUGGUGGCUAUUACAUCCGCGACUCCUUCUUCUCUAUCGGCAGUGGCAGCGCUGUCGAGAACCACCUCAAAGCGCAUCAGAACAUCUACACGGAGAGCAGGAAGCGAUGGUUUUCUAGAGUGUACGCUUGACCAAAUACCAGCCUCUCUGCUGCAAGCGACCUUCUCAUCGACAAGCAUCUCGGACUGCGCAGGGCCAUGCUCUUCUUUACAUCUGUUCUGGGUGGCUUCGUGGUGUGUUACGCUAGUCUAUGUGCCACGACGUAUGGGAUUAUUUAUAUUGACCACAUCGUAUCCGGCCUUGGCGGAGAGUUGCUCUCCGUCUCUCAGUACCCCUUUCUAGCGCAGCUGUUCAAGGGCCGUCGCGAAAUGGCGCUUGCGUUUGGGGAUUACCAUCAGCGUCUUGUGCGCCACCUCAUCAUGCCGCUUUUUUUUUUUUUUUCAUUUUAUUUGCACCAGCGAUCGCAAACAGCGGGCGUGCCGAAUCGAGCUAUUUCGGCAGUUACCGCUUACCGCAUCUCAGCGCUUUCGUGCGCUGUGCUCGUGAUGGCUGGCCGCUAUACCAAGCACACAGGCUAGCUAAUUGGUAGCGCAGAGGACGAGCGUGACGUAACAGCUGAGAGUGAGGCGGUGCGUUUAUCAAACAUUGUGCGGAUGUCGUUGGCGCGCUGGCUGUUCUGCGGUGUUUGUGUGUAUUUUGCCACACAGCCAGUCCGUUUCGUGAGUGUGGGCACGAAUUGUUUCGAGGUCAGCUACGGCUACACCGGCGACUCAACGAUCCGCUGCCUUUCGUGCUAUGAGAUCAUCAUCGCCGUGGCAAACCUGGCUAUCGGAUUGACAUUGGGCUUGGUGGGUCAAGACCUGUGAUAACUCAUCUUCAGCUGCUCGUGCUUUGCCGCCAUCCACGUGCUGUGCAUGGCGACGAUGAUCUCUGGCACCAUUUUCAUGGUGCUUCUGCAGCUUUCUGAUGUCGGGGCUGUGACCCUCGGUGCUGUAGGCCGUGCCGAGCCCUUUUUUUCCUUCUGGGCGGCGUACGGCGCGAUGACCUCAAUGCAAAACAUCCUGCUUGGUAUCCUUUCCAGAGCUUGUGGGGGAUCCUGGAUCACUUGCGGCACAGCGGCAGCAACACGGCAGAGCUGGUGCAGGAUGUGCCAGCAGUGGUGGCGUACAUGUAGGCCAAGGCCUUCUCUCUACUUUUGCGUCUCCUUGCGGUGCAGGCGAGCGUGGCUUUUUCUUCUUCGAGGGCCGUCGCACGAGAGAAGAGUUCAAUCCCACGGGCGACAAGCGGCGGCAGGUCGUAGAGGAACUCAGUCGGCAGCACAUUGA